AUUCAGUAGGUUGAACUGGCAGUCAGUAGGUUGAGCCUUGAGAGACCGGGCACCUCCCCCAGCUCUGGGGGUGUGGAAACCAAGAAAGGGAUUUGGGGAAGGUGCUCGUGGCACGGGGAUGUGUUGUCGGUACAGGGAGAUGGAAUAGAGGGAGCGUGUUGAUUGCACAGCACAGGAUUUAAAUCCCCGGCGCAUCCAGCCCUCAGCAAUGAUCCCCGUCACAGAGGUUGAGUAUCUGGCAAGCAGCCUAGGUCAUGAUUGUGAAAAUCACGUACAAGCAUAUGUUUCGAAAGCAGAAGGCUGAUACAGUUUCCUAAGAGUGAAAUGGAGCAACCAUGAAUGGUGAUGCACAUAGUAAAGACUCUUCCUCCCAGAUUCCUGACUGGAAAGAAUUUUGUGAGCUUCAUGCGCAAGCAGCUGCCGUGGAAUUUGCACAGAAAUUCUGCAGGUUUCUGAGGGAGAAUCCUCAUUAUAAUGCUCCUGGGGCCGAAACGUCAUUCUCUCAUCAUUUUGCUGCCAAUUUUCUAGACUUCUUCAAUUUUGAGGUCAGCAGGGUAUAUGUGUCAGAUUCUCCCACAAAAUACAACAUAGUUCCUUUUGUAGGUCUACAAAACUGCCAGGUGCCUUUAGCUAGAAAUUUUGUACCCCGCAAAGAAGAAACGUCCUCAGAGUCUUUAAACAGCAUGGACAAUCCUGUCCCAAAUCUAAACCGGACUCAGGCCCGUGUACAUAAAGUUUCAUCUUAUGGCCACUCACGCAGCUCUGAAGAUGUUUCGGUUCACGAAAGCUCAAAAACAAAGUUUAAAAAGGGCUUCUCUUUGCGCAACAUGAGCUUGUGCGUCGUGGAUGGAGUGAAGGAAAUGUGGCACAGAAAGUCCUCUCCUGAGCCAAGUUUGGACAAUGGGACAAUAAGACGUUCCGAUCGUGAGCAUUGCACUUCAGGUAGCAAGGAACAUGUUGAGCCACGUGAAAAAUGGACCCAAAAACUGCGACUUUCAAAAACGCCAGCAUCAAAAAUAGAUGUUGUUGACAUUCAGAGAGAGGGAACUCUCAGGUACAUGGUGGCAGAUGACUCGAACUGUGUUGGUAACUCUCAGUGGCAGAAAUGCCGCUUACUUUUAAGGAAAGCCGUGAAAAUCGAGGGAGAAAGAUUCCUGCUUGAAUUUUAUGUGCCUCCAAAGUCUUCAAAGCCUAAAGUAAGCAUUCCACUCUCUGCUAUUUUGGAGGUGCGGACAACCAUGCCCCUCGAGAUGCCAGAUAAGGACAAUACAUUUGUGCUAAAGGUAGAAAACAGUGCAGAGUAUAUCUUGGAAACAAUUGACUCUCUUCAGAAGCACUCAUGGGUGUCUGAUAUACAGGAUUGUAUUGACCCUGGAGAUAGUGGAGAUGACAUAGAACUUUCAUCUUGCGAACAGGGAACCUGCUUAGCAGGCCAGGCAUCAUCAUGUAGCUGUGAGUUUCUUGCUGAGGGAGUUUACCGACCUCUGGACACAUGUGCUACAGAUUUUUCAGCCGCCUCUGCAGUUCCACCAUAUCCAGCACCACUCCAAGUCAGAAACAGAGACCAGUCUUCUGCAGAACAUCUUGUACAUGUUCCUUUAGAACAUUUUCUGCAGACAUUGGAGUCUCCGGCCUCUAACCAAUUACCAGGUGAUGAAGGUGAGGAGGAGAUUGAGAUAAAUCUGUCUGAUUUCCCUUGGUUUCAUGGCACACUGUCACGGAUCAAAGCUGCUCAGCUGGUACUUUCUGGUGGAACUCGAGGUCAUGGGCUCUUUGUUAUACGUCAAAGUGAAACACGUCCCGGGGAAUAUGUGCUGACCUUCAACUUUCAAGGGAAAGCUAAACACCUGCGGUUGUCUUUAAAUGAAACGGGCCAGUGUCACGUGCAGCAUCUGUGGUUUGAGACCAUUUUGGACAUGCUCAAGCACUUUCAUUCUCAUCCCAUCCCACUGGAAUCUGGAGGUUCUGCUGACAUUACCCUGCGCAGCUUUGUUGUGGCCCAGCGCCAGUUAUCAGCAGAUCCUGCACCUUCCCAAAGCACGAGUGUCCAGCAACAAAACAGUAGGACUGAAACUCAACACUACUUUGCAAGUUCCGGAGCAAGUAACAUACACCCAGUGUCUCCCCCCGAGAGCUCAGCCUCAGCUUCAGCCCCGCACCCAGCAUACCACCGAGUAGAAGCCACUCUUGCCACCCGAAGCCGUAGCAACAGUGCAGAACUUUUGCUAGAAUCACCCAACGGGAGCACAGAAGAUUACCAUGAGAGUGAUGGGUCUCGGAGUAGAACUAGGGCUGUGGAGAACCAGUAUUCUUUUUACUAAAUCAUUUGGAAUGAAACUUGGGCACUACUACAUUUUCCUUCAUUCACACUGUAUGGCCUGUAUUUACUAAGUGGUGCUAGUCUUUAAGCAACCUACCAAAAUCAGAGGACAUUAGCUGGUGUGUGUCUUAUUGAGUAGCACACCUUAGAACCUACCUACUGUCUUUACCUUUUAUAAUUCCUGUAUGUUUUUUUGUCUCAUGUAGCUAAUAGCAAAGUGCAGCCUUUCCAGACCUUGGGAGUUAUUGGAGCAUCUGACUUCAUAUCACAUUCAAUAGCGAAUAGCACUGUAACUUGCAGAAGAAAUGGUUUACUAAUGCUACCAAUAGGCAUAAUUCUUGAUCCAAUUGAACCCUAUUUCCACUAACAAUCUAAGCGAAUCGGUACAUUCUUUUGCCAAUGGGGAUCGGAGGGCCCCUCUGAAGAUAUUUUGCCUGGUGGGGCCCGGCCACAACCAUCCGCAGUACUGUGCUGCAACUUUUUAUUCCAAAUUCCACAUGUUUCAAGUCGACAAGGACCCUUGAAAAACGUGGAAUUGGGAAUAAAAAGUUACAGCACAGUACUGCGGAUGGUUGUGGCUUCCUUCAUACUGUGUGCUUUUACUGAUUGGUUGCUAUUGGUUAGUAUACUGAUUGCAAACUUUACAACUUCAUUACAUUAUGCCAAAACUGCCUUAAAAUUUGCUUCUGUUGUUGUAAGAAGCUCAGCGUGGUUUCCUUCGUAUGAAGUAGGCAAAGAGGCAUAAGUGUUGUGAAUGUACUGGUGCUACUCAUGCUACACUAAGGCAGCACUAACCCUUGUGCAAAUCUACUCAAAGCAGUUAGUGGUGUAAAUAAGACCAUAGAGUGAACAAGUUCUCUUGGCUUCCAUUUUUACAACGUCCUUAAAGGGGGAUGUCAAGUAACAAUUUAAUUAAAGGCAACUAAUUAUAAUAAGUGUGAUAUCAAGUUUUACAUUGCCUGCGUGUGUUUAUUCAUUUAUCUUCUCCCCAGCAUUUAAGAUGAUGCCUUAAAGGGCGGCUAGUUUGAUUAGGUUAAAAUAAUGUCAUUACAUUGACUUCUUCUAUCUUGUUAUUCACACUCAUCGCUCCUUGUGAUGUCAGAAAGCAGCGAAUCCAGUUUGAUGUUAAAACUCAGACAUGACUCCAAAGCUGCCGUUUCUCCUUUGUCUUUUUCAAACGACGAAAAAUUUGGAAUGAAUCGUAUUUAUGUGAAUGAAUCAGUUGUGACAUUCACUGAUCAUUACAAGUUUCCAGAACUCAGUAGAGAUAUAUAAUAUACCUAUAAUGCUGUCCGUGUUAUUGACAAUGAAGGCCUAGGGAAGUAGCAGUUCUGCCUAUUGCAUUGUGCUUUCAUGGACACUAUGGGGCUGAAACCACGUUGAUCCUUCAAACAAAUGAAUUAAAUAAUAAAUACGCUGGCCCUUGGACUUCAUGUGCCAGGAUAUUUUUUAAUUUUUUGACUAAAGAAUUGAAGUGGCCAUACACAUUCAGAAUUGGUAUAUAUAGAUAAAUAAAGUGUGUGAACCGUGAAUCUUCUGCUGUUGCUAAGAGACCUUGCCGGGUCGACGGAGAGCCAGCACCAACAUUGCAGGAAAGUGAAGAGGCGGGAGAGCGGUAGAUAUA